GAUCUGACUGAUUGGAUGUAUGAACUUCGAGAGAAGAGGGAAAUCCCCAGAGAGAGAAAAUACACACACAUUUAUGUGGCAUUUGCUCUUUUACAUGUGAUGAUGAUUAUUUAAAACGAAUAUACAAACACAAGCAAGCAAAAAAAAAAAAAAAGAAAAAAAAAAAAACCUCUAUGAGGAAAGUCGCGCGCUCCUCGUGAUGACGUUGAACUUAUUCAAGACAGUUUUUGCGAUUAAAAACCCUCCUAUAGCAGUUUGCUCUUGUAUAUUGAAGCGCGCCAGUCUAUUUUGCGCGCUCUUUUAUAUUUUAUAUUUAUUUUUAUAUAUUUAAUUUUUUUUUUUUUGUAUUUUCAAAGAAAAUUAACAAUUUUUAUUGUCGAAUAAGUGAAUUUUUUUGUUUAAAAAAAAAAAAAAAUAACAGUGAAAAAAAUUGUUUUUUGCCGAUUGAAACAAUGUGGUGAUAUUUUUUUUUCUGUUCGGAAUGACGUAAUAUUUAUAUAUAAUUUUUUUUUUUUUUUUUUUUGUGAAAUGGAGGGAAUUUAAAUUUUGUUUUAUUUAUUCGCAAUUAUUUUAAAACUUUGCUUUCAUAAUAAUCUCUUUAUUGAUAUUAUUAUGUGUGUUUGAACUUGUGUGAAGAGAUUUGAGACUUCUGUUUACAAAUAUUGAGUGAUUUUUUUUUUUUCUUUUUUGCAUCAUACCAAAAAUGGAUCCUUACAUGGAUUAUCAAAAAAGUGGCAUUCCCGAUAAUUACUAUAGCGCGUUAAAUGACGAGGAAGGCGAUCAUUUAUUAUUAGAUAUGGAUUCAAUUUCUACUCAAAAAACUAAUUCACUUGUCGCAAGACUGCAAGAAACUUCUAGGAAAAAGUGUACAUUAGGUGAAGAAAAAGAAGAAUCAGAUGGUGCGGGAUGGUCGGAAAAACCAAUUAAGGACUGGUGUCAAGAGGAGACGAUUAAUUGGUUAAUAUCAGCAGCUUCCCAUAUGGGACAAUCAUACAGUUCGAUACAACACAGUCUUGCAAUUCCUGGCAAAGAUCUCAUCACCCUAACAAGAAAUGAUUUUAUUGCCCACGACUCCAUUUACGGCGAACGUCUUUAUGAUCUUCUUCAUUCGCAAAGAAAUUCAAAUCUAAACUUUGACGCAUUUCCAAGACAAUCUGAAGACGAAAGCGCAACGAUGAGUUCAACUAAUGCAUCCGAAUCGGAAAACAGUAUAGAAAUCUCUACAAAACGUCCUCCUGGAAGGCCUAGAUUAUUAAAAACCAAAAAACCAUCCGGAAGUCAAGGAAAAUUGUGGGAAUUUAUAAGGGAUCUAUUGAGAAAUAGAAAAACAUGUCCAAGCCUUAUUUGCUGGGAAGAUUAUUCCCAGGCGAAAUUUCGAUUCGUCAGGAGUGACGAAGUUGCCAAACUUUGGGGAUCUCGUAAAGGAAAUACAAAAAUGACUUACGAAAAACUUAGCAGAGCUAUGAGGUAUUAUUAUAAACGAAAAAUAUUCCUUCCGGUUCUGGGAAGAAGAUUAGUUUAUCAAUUUGGACCCAAUGCCACUGGAUGGCAAACGGAUAAUCCUAAUUUCCGUUAUUGAAUGCAGAAAAAGAAAAAAAGGAAAAAUUCGAUUUUUUCAUGAUUUGUACUUAAUUUUCGAGACAAAGAAAAAAAUACACAUUACUUCAUGAUAUUGUAAAUAGUUUAUAUAUAUUUCCAAUAAAGAGUUAUAUUACAAUA